AUGAUUUUUCAUCGAAUGACUAUUCAUUUAUUGUAUUUUAAUGUAAAUAGGGGGCAAGAAAGCUCUAUGGAAAAAUGGUGGUUCAAUUCGAUGUUGUCUAACGAGAAGUUAGAAUACAGGUGUGGGCUAAGUAAAUCAACGGACAGUCCUGAUCCUAUUGAAAAUACCAGUGGAAGUGAAGACCGGGUUAUAAAUAAUACGGAUAAAAACAUUAAUAAUUGGAGUCAAAUUAAGAGUUCUAGUUAUAGUAAUGUUGAUCAUUUAUUCGGCAUCAGGGACAUUCGGAAUUUCAUCUCUGAUGACACUUUUUUAGUUAGGGAUAGGAAUGGGGUCAGUUAUUUCAUAUAUUUUGAUAUUGAAAAUCAAAUUUUUGAGAUUGAUAACGAUCAGUCUUUUUUGAGUGAACUAGAAAGUUUUUUUUAUAGUUAUCGGAAUUCUAGUUAUCUGAAUAAUGUAAAUUCUAGUUAUCUGAAUAAUGUAUCUAAGAGUAAUCAUCCCCACUAUGAUCGUUACAUGUAUGAUACUAAAUAUAGUUGGAAUAAGCACAUUAAUAGUUGCAUUAAUAAUUACAUUUUAAGUGGUAGUAACAAUUACAGUGACAGUUACAUUUAUAGUUACAUUUGUGGUCAAAGUAGAACUAGGAGUGAACACGGGAGUUCCAGUAAACAAACUAGCACGAAUGGUAGUGAUUUAAAAAGUUCUAAUGUUCUAUAUGUAGCUCAAAAAUACAGGCAUUUGUGGAUUCAAUGCGAAAAUUGUUAUGGAUUAAAUUAUAAAAAAAAUUUAAAGUCAAAAAUAAAUAUUUGCGAACAAUGCGGAUAUCAUUUGAAAAUGAGUAGUUCAGAUAGAAUCGAACUUUCGAUUGAUCCGGGUACGUGGGAUCCUGUAGAUGAAGACAUGGUCUCUCUGGAUCCUAUUGAAUUUCAUUCGGGGGAGGAACCUUAUAAAGAGCGUAUUGAUUUUUAUCAAAGAAAGACAGGAUUAACUGAGGCUGUUCAAACAGGCACAGGUCAACUAAACGGUAUUCCCGUAGCAAUUGGGGUUAUGGAUUUUCAGUUUAUGGGGGGUAGUAUGGGAUCCGUAGUAGGUGAGAAAAUUACCCGUUUGAUCGAAUAUGCCACCAAUGAAUUUCUACCUCUUAUUCUAGUGUGUUCUUCCGGAGGAGCACGUAUGCAAGAAGGAAGUUUGAGCUUGAUGCAAAUGGCUAAAAUAUCUUCCGCUUUAUAUGAUUAUCAAUCAAAUAAAAAGUUAUUUUAUGUAUCAAUCCUUACAUCUCCUACUACUGGUGGGGUGACAGCAAGUUUUGGUAUGUUGGGAGAUAUCAUUAUUGCCGAACCCAAUUCCUACAUUGCAUUUGCGGGUAAAAGGGUAAUUGAACAAACAUUGAAAAAGACAGUACCUGAAGGUUCACAAGCGGCUGAAUAUUUAUUCCAUAAGGGCUUAUUCGAUCCAAUCGUACCACGUAAUACUUUAAAGGGUGUUCUGAGUGAGUUAUUUCAGCUUCACGCUUUCUUUCCUUUGAAUCCAAAAAAAAUCAAGUAGAGCCUUAAGUUCAAUUAUUUUAUUUGUGUCAAACAAGUAGUUAUUUUAUCGGAAUUAAAGUAAAAAUCAGAAAAAUGGAGUUUUCUUUAGUGACAUAAGAUCGAAUUGUAGAAAGAAUCAAAGGUUGCGAAUAGUUCUUUUUUUUUCUCGAGAUCUUUUUUUUUACCCAUAUUCCUGAUUAGUAACCAGGAAGCCUCUAUCGACAAGAUAAAAGAACGAAAUCUUCCUUCCCCGAAAUUAGAUUAGGCAAGGCAAAUACAAAAAUUUCAUGUUCCCUUCUUAUGUAUAUAAGACUUAACUAUAGAAAAUAUAAGGAAAUAUAGAUUAUAGAUAUAGAGUCUUGCAUCUUUCUAUAUCUACCGAGAAUCCCCAUUUUUACUAAGAAUCCCUCUUAGAUCGGACGAAUUUUUCGGGAAUUAAAACUCUUUCUUUAUUAAAUUUGAAUUCAAAUUUGAAUACUAAUUCAAAUUUUAGUAAUAAAAUGGAAAUUAGAAGAUAAAAA